GAGCGGCCCCAAGCGGAAACGGGUGUUCGUUUGCCCCAGGCGUACUCAGCGCGUCCCGUCCUUUCUCUACAGAACAUGCGGACGAAGACGUCCCCGCACUAGGCGUCACCAGCCAUGGCCGCUCCCUGGACCAGCGCGCUCCUCCUCCUCCUGACAUCUCAAGCUGCUUCCUGGGUGACGUCCUUUGAAGAGGAGGAAGUUCCAGAAGAGUGGAUCCUUCUGCAUGUCGUUCAGGGCCACAUAGGAGCUGGGAAUUACAGCUAUUUGAGAUUAAACCACGAGGGAAAGAUAGUCCUUAAAAUGCAAAGCGUGAAAGGUGAUGCAGACCUGUACGUGUCGGCCAGCACCCUCCAUCCGAGUUUUGAUGACUAUGAAUUACAGGCUGUCACUUGCGGCCAGGACAUUGUUUUUAUCCCGGCGCAUUUCCAACGCCCUGUGGGGAUAGGGGUCUAUGGACAUCCAUCUCACCAUGAGAGCGAAUUUGAAAUCAAAGUGUAUUACGAUAGAACGACGGAGCAGUACCCAUUUGGUGAGGCUGCUUAUUCAGAUGGCACAGAGACGAGUCAUAAGCAUGCGUACGCUCCAGAAGAUGCAUCGCAGGAAGACGAGUCCAUUCUUUGGACGAUACUAAUUAGUAUUUUGAAACUGGUACUUGAAAUUCUUUUUUGAUUCAUUGACCAUACGCUGGCGUACACUAAUAAUCUGAAGUUGACUGCAGUUUGUUGUGAACCUAGCUACUUUUAACUGGCUGAAAACCCUAGUUAUCUUUUCUAGUUGGGGGAUGGAAAAAUAAAGCCAUACAGUUUUGUUACCUCAGUUACCCCAAAAGUUGGAAAAGCAGCAAGCACGGUAUUUGUUUUCUUUUCAAGAUCAGAACUCCUAUAAAAGGAGUAUGCACAAUAAAAUGUUUAAACUCCAUUUUGAUAAGCUUGUCAGGUGACUAAAAAGAAAGAUUGCAGUACCUUAGGUUUAUAUAAAUCAAAAUAGAGCAAGCGUACAUGCAGGUACACAGAUCAAAAGAUUGUUGCCUUUAUAAUGUCACUCCUUAGAGAUUUUAAAUGAAGUUAAAAUGUGUGAGCUUUGAAGAGUUAAAAGCGAGUCUGAAAUUUAAUAUUUCCUUCAUACUUGGUGGGAGCGUGGACUAAAACCCCACACCUACCCCCAAGUAGGGGUGAUAGCUCCUAUCCAAACAGGAUUUCCUGGCAGGCAGGUAUUCCUGUGCCAGUUAAUGACAAUUCUAAACCCAGCUGCACCAUAUCCCAUCAGGUCAUUUGUAACUUUUAUCAUCUUGGGCUACUUAUUAAAAUUCUUCCAUUACUAAAUAAUUUUGUCACGGUACCUAAGAUAGGCCAGAAACAAUAUAGAUUAGGAAAAGGUCAUAAUAACUUGCAGGCUACUAGAAAUUCAAAUAUAGUUAAGUAUUCAAAUUAAAUUGCCUAAUAUAUUUCCAUUAAAUUUCUGAA